AUGAUCCAAGUACUUUAUGAUGCAAGCUGCGCGGAAUGCCUUCGGGCAAUCCAGCUAGUCUCCUACCGGGAAGAGACCCUGAGGAUGGCCGGUCAAGCACCAACUGUUCAGCUCCAUGCCUGGCCGCAGGGAGAGAGAGUCUUGCAAGGCCUAUCAUCCUCAAAGCGACCAACCUCGCUCUCCAGGAAGGUUUGGGCUCUGCUGCCCAGUGGUCUGGUGCUAGGCCAGUGCCAGGAGGAUCCCAUGCGCCUCAUCUAUGAGAUGGAGCUGCUAGCACUUGUGCGGCUCCCCACUCCGCAAAUCCGACAGCGUGUGGACAGCGUUGCAGUCCUGCCUCUCUUGAUGGCGAAGCAGCACUCCAAGGCUGGAAGUGGGCGGUGGUGGCGGCAGGCGGAGGUCUUCCGCCUCACAGCUGCAGCCUUGCAGAAGGAACAUCUUGCUGUGCUGGAUGACUUUCUUCCGGAGGAGACGUGUCACGCUUUGCUCCUGGGGGCACAGGCGUCGCGGGGAGAAAUGGUGCGCGGGGCCACAGGGGCAGCAGGCAAAGCCUUGACAAAGGGGACAGAGGAGCUGCAGAAGGUCCUGAACGAGCCCAGCCGCGGUGACGUGGUGAAGUUCUCAGAUGAUGGCAACAUGCCGGGAUGCCGAGGCUUCUUGGAGGCUUUGGACACGCUGGUGGAAGGACUCCAGGGCUGCCAGGCGGUGGCAGACCGACUGCAGCACGUGGACUGGGCCAAUGGGGCUAUGUUUGCCAUCUAUCCGGGUGACUCCGCGCGUUACAUCAAGCACGUGGACAACACCCUUGGCACUGAUGGCCGGCGGCUGACGGCUGUACUCUACCUCAACAAAGACUGGAGACCUGCAGAUGGUGGCUGCCUCCGUGUCUUCGAACCGACGAUGCAAAGCUGCCAGGUGAAGCGCGACGUGGAGCCGCUUUGGAACCGCUUGGUUGUCUUUUGGUCCACGCAGGAAGUGCCUCAUGAGGUUCUUUCCAGCUUCAAGGACCGGCUGGCAGUCAGUGUUUGGUUCAUUUGUGGCCGCGAGAGUCUGCGAAAUGAAGAGUCCUUCCAGCGCCUCUUCAACCCGCAGAAGCUGAGGUGCAUAGCGCAGCGCGACCGACGCAGCUGCCUCAUGCAGGCCGCUGAGACCGAAGAAGAAAGGUUGUGGUGCUCCCAGUGCAAGGCACCCUCCCAUCGGCAGUCCGCAGUUUUGUUUGACUCGGAGAGCUUGGAGUCCACUGAUCAUCCCUGCAGCUGCAGCCAGCGUUCAGAUGCACAGGCUACCUUUACUCCUGCAAAACUUUCGAUUCUAGCUCGCCGGUUUCGCUGGCGCCGAGAAGAGGAGCCAACCUGGUACAUAGAUGUUGCGAUUCGAGCAGCGGUCGAGAAGGCACUGACAGGUCAGCAUCCUGCAACAGCUUUUGCGGCAACGGUGCCCUCGCGUCCAAAGCCGGUGCUGCUGCCCACAAACUCUGUCACGCGUGCAAAGCCUGUAGUCCCAGAGCCAUCACUGACUGCUGCUCGGAUGCCUCGGCAUUUCGAGCUUGUGGAAGAUGAUGAUGAUGAUAAUAGUAACAGCGCUCCACUGCGACAUCCGGCUUCACCCCCUGCGGAUAUGGAUGCUGGUUGCAGGAUCCCCAUCAGCUUCGGCAUCGUGGACUAG